AUGACCCAACCGGAAAGUGGUGCUACCUCCCCCUACAAUGACUCGCAAACGGCCCAUUCCGACCAUGCUCAAGGUCCCCUGCGCAAAAAGAUGCGAAAGGGCACAAAAUCCUGUCUAGAGUGUCGACGACGCAAAAUCAAGUGUACUUUUGAACCAGGGCGGCCGGCCUGCUGCAACGAAUGUUAUGCCAGAGGAUCCACAUGCAUUGACCAAGAGCAUGGAGACGUGCAGACAUAUGCCACAAGUAAUCCAGAGCAAUCCUCAUAUUCUCUGAGGGAGCGCGUCUCCCAACUCGAAGAUCUUGUCAAACAGGUCCUGCAUCGACUACCUGAGAGGGCCGAUGAGAAGUCCACCGGCGCCGAGCAAGAAAAGUCCCAGGUCGAUGCCCAAGCUGCUGAAGUUCUGAAGUCGCUGAAGAGUUCCUUGCGACGAGCUGACGCUGUACUGGAAGAGUCCCUUCUUCUUCCGGGCGGGCUCCGAGACGACGCUCCUGCCCUCACCCUCUUUGACAAUGAAGUAAUCACCAGAAAAGAAAGUCAGCCUGUGGUCUCCCGAGCCCAAUACAACAAGUCGAAAGCCCUCAUAACAGCCCUCAAUCAAUUGCUGCCAUCGCCACAUGAUCUCGACAUCAUUCUCGCAUACUCUCACGAAUGGUGGCUUAUAUGGAGGAAGAUGUUCCCUGAAAUUACGGACAGUCGGUGUGAGACCAUCAAGGAGUCUGUCUCACAUUCUCUGCGGUCGGAAAAACCUGCUGAGCUGGCCAAAAUCAUGCUAUGUAUAGCGAUCGGUGUCCAUCAGUUGCCGGAGAAUUUCGACUGGUCCAUCUUGCAAAUGAAGGAGGAGCCAGCUGAGCUCAUGGAAAGAUAUAUUGCCACUGUCGACCGCCUGAUAACAUCCGACGACGAAAUUGCCGCCACUCUCGAAGGAAUUGAAUGCAUGAUGCUUGAGGCCAAAUAUCAUGUGAAUAUGGGUCGUCCUCGGCGUGCUUGGCUCCUCUUUCACCGCGGCAUCGCAUUCUCCCAGCUGCUUGGAUUUCAUCGCUUAGCAGCUCAACCCAAUCAAUCAUCUGCGCAGUAUCAACGCCAGGUCAACCUUUGGAGCCAUCUCAUUCUUGGAGAUAGGUAUCUCGCCUUACUUCUCGGCCUGCCAUAUUCCGUAUCUGAGGCCUUCGUUGCUCCCUAUGUAUCGGGUGCGCACCUAUCUGACGCCAACACGGGUGAGAUUUUCGUUUCCAAGAUGAUUCCAGUAGUCACCAAGAUCAAUGAUAGAAAUCAAAGUAUUACUCCCAUGGGCUAUUCUGCCACCUUGAGACUGGAUCAGGAUCUGGAAGAAUUACACAACUCCCAGGACCCGGGUUGGUGGUCUACGGACCUGUUCCCAAAUACACCGCCAGAGGUUCAUUUCGAUCGACUACAGGCUCAUUUCUUCUAUCACCAAGCAAAACUAUUACUGCACAUGCCUUUCAUGCUUCGGUCAUCGACCGACAAGCGCUAUCAGUAUUCUCAUGCUACUGCCCUAGACGCUUCUCGGGAAAUGAUCAGGGUUUACGACGCCCUCCGCAGCAACACCGCCGUCGGCCCUUUCAUCUGCAAGUUGGUCGACUUUCAAAGUUUCACCGCAGCUAUGAUAUUACUCCUGAAUCUGUGUGGUUAUUCGCAGCAGCACCGCGCUACUGGCGCUGCACAACCAGAUCAUGAGCAAGACCAGAAAGACUCAGAUCUCAUCGAUCAUACCAUACACCUCCUCAAGGAUGCAUCCAAGGAAGCUGGUGGUGUGGUCGCGGCUCAAAGUGCUCAAGCUCUCGAAAUGCUAGCCAAAGUUCGGCAAGGUUGCACGGAACGCGAGAUGAGAGAAUGUGUUACGGAGACCUGCCAGGUUUCUAUUCCAUAUUUCGGGACGAUUUCAAUCGGCAUGGGCAAAAAGUUUGUGCCGAUCAAACCAGGCACAUAUGUCUCAAAAGCAUCAAAUGCGAUAAACUCCACCAUCACAGCCGGAGUUCCCAACAGUGGCUUACCCACCCCUCCCUCUAACUAUUGCGGUAGCACGCAACAUUCACCACUAGUCACAACGCUGGAUACCCAACAAACUGCGCCUCGCCCUCCACUUUUCGACAGCACUACUAACUACAUAGCUCCCGGGUUGGAUCAACCGUGGCCCGAGACAGACGAUCCAUUCGUCACCUUCGAUAGCUUUAUGUCAUUCCCCUCUCAAGGCCCCAUGGACAUCCCCUCCGCGAGCGCGACAACUAGCUCUGUAUUCACGCCACAACAGCAGACCCAAAGUCCAUAUACCAACACCAUACACGACUUCAACACCAAUAUCGGCACCGGAGGUAUGGGCAACAUCGCCGCUCAAAGUUUCCCAUUCGGAUCCUUCCCGUUCAACCAGCCAAACCUCGACCUCGACCAAGGUUGGAACUGGUUUGGGGUCGAUGCUCCAGUUGUACAGCAGCAGUGA